UCAAGUUUUGCAUUUUACAAGUUCAGGCCCUUGUUAGGACAUCAUAGUGAUAGCCAUAGCGUGUGAUGAAGUUGCAGUCCAAGAAUAUCCGAAGCGCUUUUGCCUUGUCAUUCUGCAUGGGCAUGCUGGAACAAAUCGUCAGGGGACCUGUUCUGGUGCUCUAUUUGUAUCACAUUGCUGAAAGUCAGGCCUGGGCCGCCUGGGGGCCGAAUUUGGCUGUCGGUUUCGUUCAAGGCGUCUCGGGAUUGGUGAAGCUGGCCUCGGUGGCUCCAAUCAGUUGGCUUGUGGAUUCUGUCCCCACACGUCGGGUGCGGCCGUUGAGAGUUUCCAUUGUCUUGGGUUUCAUCACAGUGGUUGCAGGAGGGUUUUCGCUGUGCACGGACCAUAUUGCUUGGGCGACAACCUUAAGCGCUGCCUGUGGGCUUUUUAUGGAGCUUGCUCAAAGUGCUUCACGAGCCAUUCUAACCGACAGCAUUCCAAUUGGGAAGCGCGAAGGCAUUUUUGUGACGCAGUGGGUUUGCUUCCUUGCAGGCUCAGCCACCGGGCCGUUUCUCGCAGCAGCAGUCGUCAUCGUUUCAGAGAGCACAGAACAGGCACACUCCAUCCAAACCGACGAGCUUCCUGUGAAGUUUGCCCUUCUAUGUGGUUUGAUAGUGGUGAUUCCUGCAGCAAUAUUCAUAUUCAACUUCGGUGAUCCGCUUGCUGCAGAAGUUGAAAGUAGAGGACGGAGUGGAGAUGUUGUGACUGUGAAUGUUGUGAAGCAUGUUGCGAAGCCAUGCAAGUUGUUAUGCUGCGCCGGUCGUGUGGUGCCCAUGUUGUGCUUGACCUUCUCUCUCUCUCGACCACGUGUGCAGGUGGCAUGAUGGUUCCUUUUUUUGACCCUUUCUUCGUGAAGGAUGUGCACUUGUCGUUCGUCCAGGUCAACCUGCUGGAAGGCUUCUCCAUUUUCUUCAUUUCUGUAUGCAGCAAAGCUGCGCUUUGGAUCUCAAGGUAUUGUGGGCGAGCCAUCACUAUGCUUUGCUUUUUCACAGUGUGUACCGGAUUGACUUUCUCACUUUCCUUCAAGCUGCCAGCGCCAAUACUGGUAGCUGUUUUCCUGUUCCGUCGCGGUAUUGGACCAAAUUGCCUCAAGCCACUCAACGAUUCCAUUGUUGCCGAUUACACAAACUCAACGCGGCGCGGCAUGUGGAACGCUCUGUUGAGCCUAGGAAUGGCAGGCUGGGCUGGAGCUGCGUUGCUCGGUGGUGUCAUGGCAGAUGCACAUGGCUACACUUUUGUCUUUUUCAUCACAUCAUUGAUCUAUGCCGGAUCUCUUUGCUUCCUUGUGCCUUUGGUAGGAUUGGUACCGCGCAAAGUGGACACAGCCGCUGAGAAUACCAGCCCUUCAACAGGCACUGACACCUCAGAAAGCUCCUCUUGAAUCGCUUUGAAGCGGCCACUCCAGAGUUCUUCGAUGUUCAUUGAGCUAUAUGUUGGAGCGACUUCAAACUGUGUUUAAUUACUUUGUAAAACAGUUUUGUGCCUUGCACAGUUCACCUGGCCGCAGAGAGGUAAGCGCCUACACAUACAAGGGAAGCAAC